CUCUCAUAAUUCGCCCACGACAAUAGAUGAUGUUUUUUUGAAGCUCGACAGAUGUCUGUAAAAUAGGAGCGACUGAUGGAUGUUUGGACUAUUCGCUGGGUUUUGGAGACGUUUUGACGGGCAUCAGACCGACUGACUCCGCCCUCCGGUACCUGUAAAUCUGCCCUGAACUCGCCGGAUGAAUAGACCGGAGCUGAACGCAACACGUUACCGAAUGAGCGCGAGGUGAUUAGACCGCAGUCUGUCCAUCACCAGCGAGCGCACGGGAGAUCAGCUCGCGGACGGUCACGCAGGCUUUAAAUCGUGGGAAUGUUUUUUUUUUUUUUUUUUUUUAUGAUAAAUAUCCCCAGCACGACCUCGUUUAAAGACCCACCGACGCUUUUCUAGGAGUAGUGCGUUUUGAGGACGACUUUUCAACUGCGCGUUAGUGGUUGCGUGGAGAACCGAAGAGCGGGCGAGAGCGGAGAGCGUAGCGGGAGGAGAGUGCGCGCACACGGGCACACACUCGCGGGGUGUCCGCCCUGACCAACAUGGCUGAUCAUCAGGUGUGGGGCGCUGAAAUCAACAGAGAGACGCUCGAUGCUCCCCACUGAAGAAGAUGAAGAUAACGACGGUGAUGAGAAGCAGCUCUCCACAGUAAUGACCUAUCCAAUCGAGCAUUCAAAAGCGGGUCCGUCCUCGGUUCGGAAGAUGGAUGUGAUCAUCCCGUACACCUCCGACGUGCCGUGUGACCCUGUGAACGGCCAGAGGAUGUGGUGGGCUUUCCUCGCCUCCUCCAUGGUCACUUUCUUUGGGGGUCUCUUCAUCAUCCUGCUGUGGAGGACUCUCAAGUACCUGUGGAGGGUGUGCUGCCACUGCAAGGGGAAAAAGAAGGACGUGCAGCGGGUCAUAACUCUCAGUGACGGAGUGAUUAAAGGAGGAGUGCAGCGCGAGACGGAGCCGGCGAGUGAGGUGGGAUGGAUGACCUCUGUGAAGGACUGGGCCGGGGUCAUGAUCUCUGCUCAGACACUCACGGGACGCGUGCUG